CAUGCGUCUGCUCUCCGCCCAAACAUUCCUCUUUUCAGUCCCCUGCGCCAGCCUAGUGCAAAAAAUUCUCCUCUGUCAACCCCUUCGCCGGCGGCUGUUCUCGCUAUCUUUCCUCCCUUACGGUCCAGCUGUUCAUGCUCAGCCCCCACCAUCCGUGCCCCUUUCCUGCAAGCCUCUCUCCGAUUUUAUGCUGUUGCACCACUCCGUUGGGCUCAAGUUCGAAAAUGCAGCUUGGACAAGGCUAAAAUCCUUCACCACAGUUCCUUCGGCUCCGGCUCCGCCCUCCUGCCCACUUACUGUCACCUUCUUCCAGUUUCCCCUGCCUAUCUCGCCCGUGCUCUGCGACCUCAUCCUCCAUUGCCUGUUUGGUGGCAACCCUCGCCAGUUCCACUCCGCCGUCGUCACGGAGGAUGAGUUCUCCUGCGUUGUGGCUAACAGAGGGGUCGCUGAUCUCAUCCUGUCGUUUGGCGACCUCAGAAGGCCAGGGAUUGACGUGCGUUUCUCGCUGCCCGAGCAGCGAUCGCCCGCGCCUCCGGCGGCCACUCUUGUGCCGGCUCCGAUGGGGGCUUUCCGCCUGCAUCAUCGAGCUGCGACAGGCCGGCCUCGGCCGUCAGUUAAGGUUCGUCAAUUACGUCAUGGGCUUAAGUUUCGCUCCCUUAUCCUGCGUAGAUUCAACGUAGAGGUUGUCCCACACCAAUAUGCUACACCUGAUCCCCUUAAACACUCUCUUCUUUGGAUAAGCUUUUUUUCAGCAGUAGCAAAACCAAGUGCAUGUCUAGUUAAGUUGACGUUAGACCACUUCUUCUCUGGCAGUUCUAGCUUUUUCGUCCUACACUACCAGGCUAAUAUUUUCCUUGCGCUUGUCUCUUCUGCGGAUGUUCUGAAUGAGAUCGUCCAAAGGUCCCCGGUCAGCCCCCCAGGGAUUGCGCUAGUCCUCUCAAAAACGCUCCUUGCCGCCAAGUCAGCCUCAUUUUCAAAUUUUGAAUCGAUACAGCUUGCUAGCUUGGCUGUCUCGGAUCAGCACGCUGCCCUCUCCCCUGUCAAUCGGUCCCACUCGACUACAUCUAUCUUAGGCUGUCCUCCUGCUUUGCCUCCCCCUCCUCCAGCCGCUUGCUUACUUGAGUUGUUUACUCACGUGGAAAGUACGGGCGGCGUGCGAGAGCUCUCGGUGAGCACGCGCGCCGACGUGAAUGGAGAAACCAGGUCUUGUCACUUCCCCCGCCCUCUCUCCCCUGUUCCCGCUCCCCCUCCUUCACAUGCACCCCUCUCCGGCACCAACAUGCAGGCAUGCGCCACCCCUCCCCGUACCCCAUCCCAGUCAGCAUUAAAUGCAAACGUACCACCCCUCUUGCCAUCCCUGGACCGCCCGCAUACGCCAACCCUCUCUCAAACCCCGGUCCACGGCUCAGAGGUGGUGAACCCAUGCGGCCAGCCAAGUACGCCCUACGUCCCGCCUACCCCGAGAGCGCUCAAGAGCUCAACGCCUCCCUCUGCUGCGCCGCUCACGAGACCCGAGCUUAGUCCCAUCGCCGCGGCCUCUGCCUCCGUGCCUUCCUACCGCGACGCCCUGCUUUCUCCGAGAAAGGUGCUGGACCGCCCUUGCCGCUCCGCCCCCGCCCCGCGAUCCCGCCCAAAUCCUCCAGCUAUACUUUGCCGUGCCCACCUCUCCUUCCCUCCUCGCAUUCGCUCCCGCCCCCUCUGCUUUCGCUGCUUAGCUGGAGAUCACCUUGUCCAGUCUUGCCGCGACCCAGUGCGCUGCUCUCGCUGCGGCGGCUCCGGGCACCGUAAUUUUCACUGCUCCUCCAACCUUCCUCUCGCCUUCCAACGCCUUCGCCUCCUUAGCCACCCUGCCAUGGCCACCCCCGCCCGCGUCCCGUCCCCCAAGGGUUGCGACGACGAGCCCAACGUCCUCUGGAUCGGUUCCCACCGCCUCACCCUCAGCAAGCCGCUCGCUCACUCCCCAAGAUCCUCCAGCCCCGUUUCAGAGGACGGCGACUCGGCUCCUCUGUCGCAGCGCGGGAACGACUCCGACGCUGAGGGCUCGGUGCUGCCCUCCGACGCCGCCUCCGCCGUCGGGUGCACGGCCCGCUCCGCGACCCUGUGGUCCUCCUCGGCGUCCUCUCCAGGGCGCGCUCAUUCCACCUACCCCGACAUCUUCGUCCCCUCCGGCCUCAUCCACGACGUCGGCCAUUUCUGCUUCGUGCACCUUGACACUGUCAUGCUCGAGCCCUACGACCUCAUCCACCGCGCCAUCGAGCUCCACGCCAACAGCCCAUCCUACCACUUCGCGGCCACCACCGGCUGCGCGGCGCUCAUCGUUUUCGACACCAACGCCGACCGGGAGGCUACUAUGGCCUUCUUCCCCGCGGACUACGCCGGCGUCCGGGUCACCCUUCUCCGCCCAGAAGAAACCGACAACCGUGCCACCACUUGCUAUGAUCGUUUGGUGGAGAUCGAGGCCAAGAACUUCCCGCUGGAGCUCUGGCACCCCCAAGGCGCCAACUUUGUGUUUGGCCACUUUGGGGUGCUCUGCUGCGUCGACCAAAACACACUCGUCGCCGGCGACUUCACGGCCGUCCGCGCCUUCGUUCGUGUCGAGAGCGACAACGACACACCUGACGGCUGCAUUCUCCGCCUGCCGCCCGCCCAAGUUGUUGAUGUGAAGCUACGCCGCGUCAAGACGUGGGCCAUCCUCGAGGACACCUAUGUCCCUCUCGAUGAUGACCUCGGCGGUGACAACAACCGCGGCCCCCACGUGCAUGGGGCGUGGCGUUGGAACUGCGGCCAUGCGGGUCCUUGCACCGGCUCCCACGACCACGACCACAUGUCUCCCCCGUCUCCAACUGCCGCCCCGACUCCGGCAAGCCGCGUCUCCAUUCUGUAGCCGUUCGUCGGGGGGCCUCCCCAGGCUGCGGCGCGCGACUUCCCCUUCCUGGACUCCGACGACGAUGACCAGUGAUGCUGUGUCUGACCAGGAGAGUCAGCCUUACGAUCUCUCUCCUUCGGUGGAGGUGUCCAACUCCUUCUCCUCCCUGGCGCUACUCGAAGACGAGUACGUCCAGUCAGCUACCUCUGCAGGUGGCCAUGAAGCUACCCUGGGUCGCGCUUCCGGGGCUGGAAAGCGAGCCACGGACACCGCCAAGCUCCGCCGCAGCCGGCGGCUCGCUGACAAGGAAGGCACGCUCUUUGUCGACAUGACCACCAAGGCCAUGCGCGUCAAAGCUCGUCGCUUCGACCUAAAGCUCGCCUCCGAGGAACUCGUCGCUGCGCUCGACGUAUCCGGCCUCACCAGCGUGCCGGAGGAUCCAAUGCUUGACUCGGCCCCUCUUGCUCGCAUCGCCGUCAUCUGUGGUGCUGAGCCGGAGGAAGCUGCGGAGGUGACCUCCCAGGCUCCAUGAUCGCUCGCCCAAGACUCCUGACGCCGGCUCAUGGCCAAAGCCGCCUCGUCGCCACUUGUUUAGGCCCUAUCUGCCCUUCUGGCAAUGGUGUUUUUCUGUUACUUCAUCACUUGGCGCUCUCGAGUACCUACCGCAGCGCCCCUUUUGUAGUCCGCACUUCUAGCCGAUCUAUGGAACCCUUUAGGUCUCCUUUUCAACUCUUUGUAACUCGGUGUGUCACCAUGCCCUAUGGUUAAUGUUAGUUUUAGUUUCUGUUGCUGGAAUGUACGUGGACUUGGGCAGCCCGUCAAGUGCUCGAACGUGCGUUCUGAGCUCAUUGCAAUCAAACCCGACGCCUGCUUUCUCCAAGAGACUAAGCUCAGCUCUAUCCCCCCUCUAAAGUUAAAUAGCUUCCUGCCACGCCACUUAGAUCUUCACCACAUUCUCCCCUCUUCGGGAUCCGCUGGAGGCAUGCUCUCUGCCUUCUCCUCGGCUCACUUCUCGCUGCUAACGUUGGACGCUGGCGUCUACACUCAGAAUACCCAAAUA